AUGGCUCCAGAAUAUGCAAUCGAUGGCCUAUUUUCAACAAAAUCAGAUAUUUUUAGCUUUGGAGUCAUAGUUUUGGAGAUAAUGAGUGGCAAAAGGAAUAGAAAAUUCCAUCACACAGACCAUGAUCUAAACCUUCUUGGACAUGCUUUUGAAUUAAUAGAUCCAGUGAAGGAGGGUUCAUUUCCAAUGUCUAAGGUCUUGAGAUGUAUACAGAUUGGUCUCCUAUGCGUGCAGAAAUGCCCUGAAGACAGGCCGACUAUAUCGUCAGUUGUCUUAAUGUUGGUUUCAGAUACUAUAGCUUUGCCCCAACCCAAGCAACCUGGCUUUUAUAUUGAGAGGAGUUCCAAAGAGACGCAUGAACAUUCGCCGGCUCAAAGUUCUCCUAGCAUCAAUGAAGUGACAAUGACCCACCUAGAGGCUCGCUAA